AUGUUCGUCAACAAACUAGCCCGACACGCAACGCCCUCUAUUCAUAGAGCCCCGCCCUUGUUCGCGGUAGCGGUAGGCCAACCCGUUCGAACGGUCGUGACAUGGGUGGAACAAGACAACUGGGAGGACCCGCGCGGGCCUUUGGGCAUUGAGAGACCUAGUCCGAAGCUCGCGCCUCUCACCUCCGAGAGUCCGUCGUGGCUCAAAGACCUGCACAAGAACGGGUGGGCCUUAGUGAAGGGGGCAGUGCCGAAAGACAGGGCCCUCAAGUAUGCUGACAAGGGCGAGGAAUGGCUCGAAGGGUUCAAACUGGGAUACAAGCGUGAUGACCCGUCAACAUGGAAAUCUGAAAACUUUCCCAGACAUCGUCAUGGGGGACUAUUCGACCACUUCUCUUUUGCCCAUGCACAGUUCGUUUGGGACUGUAAAUCAGAGCCCGGGGUUCGCGAUAUCUUUGCGAAGAUCUGGGGCACAGAGAAGCUCACGGUAUCAUAUGACGGAGGCACGCUGGCUGUUCCGACUCCCGAUGAGCCCGGUCAUGGAAAGGCACCUUGGCCUCACGUGAAUCAGAGUGCCUAUCGAGCCUGGCCCCACUGCAUUCAGGGCUUGUUGAACCUACUUCCAAAUGGCCCCGAAGACGGUGGCCUUGCCGUGAUGAGCGGUACGGCUCCGCUAUUCGAGCAAUACUUCAAGGAGCAUCAAGCUCCCGAGGGUGGUUGGAUCAAAAAGGAUCUUUUCAACUGGACGGAUAAGGAGCUCCAAUGGUUCCAAGACCGAGGCUGUGAAUGGGUAAAACCCAGCAUGGAGCCCGGCGACUUCGUUCUCUGGGACUCUCGAGCCGUUCAUUACGGCGCUGCGCCGCUCGGAAACAACAAGCGGAUGGCUGUUUACACAUGCUACAAGCCCAUCGAUCUCUUGACGGAGGAGCAAAGAGAACGCAAAGUAGAGGCUUUCAAACGGGGUUAUAUGACGUCACACGAUCCCACCGAUUUUGUCCUGAAGGAGGAGCAAAUGGCAGACUGGAACAUCCUUCAUCCUUAUGGGCCGCCGGUCAUCAACAAGGCCACUCAACAGGCUAUUGGGAUGAUCCCGUAUGAUUAA